CCCCAUUCCCCCCCGGCUCCCCUCCCGGCCCCGCCGCGACGUCAGGCUGUGACUCAGCCCCGCGGGAUGUGGCCCCACGCCCGAGCCGGCCCUUCAUAAGGCGGCGGAGCCGGCGGUGACCCUACAGCGCCCGACGCCAUGGCGCCCUUCGGCCUCUUCCUCCUCCUCAGCGCCGCCGCGGUGGCCUCGGGGCAGCUGCAGCAGCUGGAGCAGGAGAGCCURGACCUGCGGCCCCCCCACAUCAAACAAGUGCUGCAGCAGGAGCAGGAGCUGGAGGUGCCCCCCGACAUCCUGCUGGGGGUGGGGGGAGCCAUGGCGUCCCCGCGGAGCCCCCCGCUCUGGGGCAGCGCCCUGGCCGGCUUCCCCCCGGCCUGGCCCGUGGCCGCCGCGGUCACUCGGCACUGCCGGGACCCCCCAACGCUGCCGCCGCCGCUGCUGGAGGGASGGACACGGGGACACCGCAGGGACGCGGUGACACCGAGGGGGCUCUGCCCCCGCUCCCCGCAGUGGACGGACGUGCUGGACGGGUUCUGCACCGAUGAGUUCGGGGUGAAGACGCGGCAGUUCCAUUGCUGCCGCCGGCACGGGGCCGCUCGGCGCCGCUGCUUCGCCCAGGAGACCCCGGCCCCCAGCUGGACCCCCGGCCCCGCCCGGGACCCCAACGUCGCCUGGGACCUGGUCACCGAGCCCCCCUUUCCCCCCGGCGAGCCCACGGCCGCCAACCUGGGCAACAUCUGCGGGCUGCGGGCGCUGCGCCCCGGUCCCCCCGGCCCCGGUGGCCGCUCCGGGCCCCGCGUCCGCCUCCGCGUCCGCCUGGAGAAGGAGUACGGCCGAUGCUGCCGAAACGAGAGCCUGAGCUGCGCCCACAGCGCCUGGCUGAAGGGGCUGAAUCGGUUCUGCCGGGAGGAGUCGAUGGUGAAGACGGGGCAGCACCGGUGCUGCCAGCGGGGCGGUGCCCGGGCCCGGGGCCGCUGCUUCGCCGCCGCCGCCCCGCACCCCGARUACGAUCGGGAGCUGCACAACGUGAGCCUGGCCCGGCCCGGCCCCGCUCUGCUGCGCUCCCUCUGCGGCCCCACCCGGCUCUUCACACAGAGGCGCCCGGUGCCGGAGCUGUUUGGGGCCAUCACGGCCGCGUGCUGCCCUCUGUCCCCCCAGGAACGGGUGUUCCUGGGGCACAGGCUGGCCUGA